AGUUUUGGCACCUUCCAGAAUAAAGUUUUGGUCUUCAAAUACAACAAGGUGAAGUUCCAUACCGUUACAAGAAUCGAGAAAGACAGAGAAACAUGGCGGAAGGGAUAAUCAAGAAGAAGGUCAUGGUGGCCGUCGACGAGAGCGAUUGCAGCUAUUACGCCCUUCAGUGGGCCCUUGAGAACCUCGCCAACACCAUCUCUGAUUCCCAGCUCAUCAUUUUUCACUCCUCCAACCCUAUCGGUUACGCUUCCCUCGCCGCCGCCACUUACGGCGCACCUCCUCCGGGUUUAAUCGCCAACAUUGAAGAAAAUCAAAGGAAGCUAACCUCAGCCUUAUUGGAUAGAGCUAAGGAUGUUUGCGCCAAACAUGGGGUUGUUGCAGAGACAAUCGCAGAGAUUGGGGACCCGAAGGAGAAAAUUUGUGAGGCUGUCGAAAAGCUGAGCAUCCAAUUGCUUGUUUUGGGUAGCCAUGGUCGAGGAGCUAUAAAAAGGGCUUUUCUGGGAAGUGUCAGCAAUUACUGUGUUCAUAAUGUUAAAUGCCCUGUUCUUGUGGUGAAGAAAGCAGUUUGAUGGUAAGCUGCUUAGCUGCCGUAUCCUGUAUUUGUGAAGACAGGACAACUACUCUGGUUCCAAGUAAAGCAUUCAGAAUUCUAUGUCAAUAAUCAUUCGUUACCAGCUUAGUCUUAUUAUACUUGCUUGUUGAUGCCGUAUAUUCUGGUUGAGAUUAUGCGUAACUGGAAUUUGAUGUUUAUAAAUAAAAUACAAUUGCAGCUAUUGCUCUCUCUUUUUUACAACAUGUGCAUCCAUACCUUUGGACGAUUAAUCCCAUUGGGUGUUUUCUUUGGAAACGAUCAAAUGUAACAUUCCAAGUGUUUCUUUUUCAGUAAGAUUGUCAUUUUGAA